UAGCUUUUCUCUUUUUGUUUUUCUAGUUCUCUCUGUAUAAUUUUUCUCAUCAGAAGACAAGCUCCCUCCGAGCUCUUCUUCACACCUUGCAUUAGUAAAAAAGCUGCUACUGAAACACAGGAAAUGCAGUCUCAAUGCUGAUGUGCCAGAGCGUAUCUUCACUCCAGUUACUCCUCCUUCCCCAACUGGCUGCUGAUCACCUCAGAAUAAAGCUUUAUAAAGGGCAGUUUGAGUCACCCUUAAACUUUUGGUGCAGCCACUGAUUUUUCUCUAUUUUACUGGUAGUCACAAAGGGUGCAUUGGGAACAGAUGAACCCCAGCAGGCUGUCCCAGCCAGAACCAAGUGCUGGUGAGGGACCCCGUGCUGUCAGAGCUGGGCUGAUGCUGGGCUGUUCAGUGUUACCCCAUGUGUGCACACAACCCGUUCUGAAACCCAAAAAAGGCAAGUUGGUAUCUCCUAGGUGAGGACCAGUCACUUCCUAAAAUUGUCUUGUCUUUCCAGCACAACCAUAGGAUUGUUCAUGCAGUUCAGUGCACUCCCUGUGCAGCCCUACGACCUAUAGAAAGGAUAAGGUGACACUUCAAAUUUGCAUAGCUCAUGGAAAAUCAACAGUAAAACACAUUUGCCUGACUUGCACUCAUUUACCCUUGCUUAUUAUAUGACAUUACCACCAACAGAAGAAACAAGGACUUGGGUACACCUCCAGACCAGCUGUGCCAUACAGAACAGCUACACCACCCAGCCAGCUCCAAGCUUUUCAGAAGCAAUUUAGAAACACUACUAAGAACUAAAGGGAAACAAUGCACCCAGUUCAACAAACAACUAUGCUGAGAUGUUCAAAAACAAACCUACGUGGGAGUUGGGGUGUUCUGAACAACAUGUGCAAGCUCCUAGCAAACCACAUUUCAUAGAGCUGCUGAGCUACUGAAGAGCUGUUUUGGAGCACAGCUACUUCACAGAGCCUGAAGCAACCCACAUUUGGUUUGAGAAGUGCUUGCAGCAGCAAUGCUCUCCCUCAGGUGGAAGUACAAACCUCAGGCUGACAUUGUGCCUCCAGCCAACCUGCAAGCCCCAUUCUGAGCCCUGCGCCCUGGCGCAUUGGUUUUAUUCCAUUUUGUUGAAGUGUUUUGGAUUUUUCCACGUAAUUUUCAACAAAGCUUGCUAAAGCGCAACAGGUAAAACACCAUGGAAAGCACUGACCAAAGCUACAGCAGAUUAUUAUAAGAUUAGAAAAAAACGUGCUUUGCCAUGGAUGUGCUCCUUUGAGAAAGCACGGUGUGGCUGAUGCCUUCCAAGCAACAAGGCUGUGUGCACAGGAAUAAUCAUGAGCCAAGCCUUUCUUGCUCAUUUCCAUCUAAGGUUUUGAGAAUCCUAUUAAGCAGUCACUAAGAAGAUUGAUGCUUAGCCCAACUCAGAACAUGUUACGGACUCAAAAUCGUGGCUUUUAACACCUCAUGGUCAUUGCAGAGCAUCUGGAAAAUAAUUUGUUGAAUGUGCACAAUCCUGGGGGUGUUCCAAGAGCCAGAACCCAUGGAGAAAUAGAAAUACACUGUAUUUUUAAGCUGUGACACAGAGUACUGUCUUGUCGCAUAGCUGCCCCAUUUAGUAAGGGCAUUGAAUCUGCAUUUAUUCAACUGGCUUUCCUUUUUCAAGAGCCAUAGGAAUUAAAACAGCACGCUUACCAAAAAAAGUAAUUGCAAAGGCUGACCAAUGCGUGUAGGAUUGCUUCAUGAGCAGGAAAAAAAUUCCACUGGAUGGCCUCACAGACUCAGAAAUGGCUGCAACAAACACUACUUUUCUGUUCUAAAAUAUCUCCCUGCAGAGGAUAAUUUGAACUUUAAAGUCACAUGGUGAAAUCAUAGGUUUGCUAAACAUGCAACGUGUACGGUUUGAAUGAUGUAAACCCAGUUCCUGUUUCUCUUGCAGAACUGAAUGUUUUUGUAGUCAGCAAGCACUGGAGUUUUCAUCGCGAUUUAUAACAGCAAAAGAAGUUACUGUGAUAUACACACGCUGCUCUCUGCAUAAAUAGAAAGGGCUACAUCCUCCAAACAGUCAUUAUAAUUCAUCUGACUACUCACAGUGAAAGUCUCAGCUAAUUGUAUCUGUGGAGCAUUUUCCUGGAAAGUUUCUAACUUCCCUGGGCAGGAACAAGCAGGUUGUGCAGAAAGGAUGAGUGCUCACAACAUGACGUGGAUCAGCUACCCAAGCAAGAGCCUGGCCUCCACCUCCCUGGAAGAAAUCGAAGCAUUCAUAGCUUCACAAAACGUCAUAUCCAGACUUAUGCACUGUUACAUUGCCUUCUUUGUGCCAACAGGACUCAUAGCUGGCGUGUGCAUUUUGGUCAUUUUCAUAAAGAAUUACGUGCAGAACAAAACCAUGGAACACUUAGACCGGCUUCUCCUACACUUCACCAUCAGCAAUAUUACAAUGAUUCUGCUGUCAUUUACAGUCAUCAACAGACCCGACUACAUAAGAGUGACCCACCUGGCCUGCAGCGUUCUGUCAUUUCUGUUCAACUUCAGUUAUUUCAACUCUCAGCAUUCUUUGGUGUUGAUGCUUCUCAAAUUGUUACUGAAGAGAUUUCCACCAAGGACUGCUCUGAGCACAGUAACCCAACGUCCCAUUCUGUGUGUUGGAUGUGUGCUGCUAUGUGCCUUCUGCUUGGCGCUGACGGAGGCAGUGCUGGUUGGCACAGAUAACUACCAUUUGGAAACAGACUGCCAGCUGGAUCCGUUAUUUGCAUGGCCUGAAUACGAGAUCGUUAAAUUCACCUUUGGAUUUGGAAUCCCAUCACUUCUUCAGAUACUCUCCUUUAUCACCCUCCUUGCUAAAGAAGCCCCUGCUGAAGCUCCAGCCUUACAACAGCACAUCCAUACCUACCUCGCUGUGUUCAUCAUAAGCGUAACAACGUUUAUAUGCCGUCUAUUCUACAACAUUAUGAUUCUCUUCAGGACAACGCUGAAAUUACAGAAGAGCAUUGGAACUCCAAAGGAUGAGCUCGUGAUGAACAUUGCUGAAAUAGUACUGUUCUCUGAGAGCUGUGCUAGUCUGGUACUCAUAUUCUGUUUGCACAAACCGUGCAAGGACAGAAUACUUCAAGUCAUACGGAGCUGCCGAAGGACACCCAGCACCACCAGCCACCUUGACAUCCCAGUAAUGCCCACAAGCCCUGAAGUGAUGUCUCAGUAACACCUGCUCUUCUAAGAACUCUCAAUCCACUUCUAUGGUUAUUCUUCUUUGUAAAGAACAAUUGUUCUUUCUUCUGAUCCCAAACCUGGACUAUCACACGGCUAGCAGGACUGAGAGAAACACAUAUUCAGUCUGCUGUCUGCAGUGACCUAACACGUAGAAACAUGUAGGACUUGGGGGUCUGUUCUUACGUGUGUGUAAAUAUUUUUUCAUCUCCUUCCUUCGCACGUUACUUCAAAAGCGAGCAGAAAGUAUUGCAACCAUAGAUGUAUGCUUCUGUAAUAGAACCAAUGCCUUAGUGAGGAUGAACACCAAAACAUAUCCUAAGUAACUUUGAACUGAGGUAAAAAUCUGCAGCCAAAGCAUUUUCUCAGGUUUGCUUCUUCUUUGGACUGGGAUUUCUUGCCCUACAAGCCACCCAUAUUUUUGUAACAUUGCUUAAUUCCAGUAACAACAGCAGUGAAGUAGGAGUUAAGAGUUCAUUACAAUCCCAAAAUAGUGAUACUGCAAGUCUAUUUCACUUGUACCAUAUAUAAACACAAAAUGGGGUUUUCCUUUCUUUUUUUUUUUUCUUCUUUUUUUUCUUUUCUGUUUUUCUCUUCUACAUUUGCUGAAACCUCAAAGGUUUUUAUCUGAAUUCUUGUAUGCACAAAAAAAACAACCAAAAAACCCACCAACAAAAAAAAAAACAACACAAAAACCCCUCAAAUUAAUAGAAACGUUGGUCCAUAAAAAAGAACUUUGUGUCCUUUCUGAGGCACUGAACUGGAAAGAUGGACAGGAUGGCUAAUUAAAACUUUGUGCAAGAAUGAAAGCUUUUUGUUAAAGCAUGCUUAGCUUCAACUCCGCAUUACGACUUCAUGCAAUUAUUGAUUUAAGCCAUUCUUGAUGAGUUCAUUCAGAAGUAUGAAGUCACAUACCUUGAAUAGUCACAUUCCAUUAUACCUUAACUAAAAAAAUGAGAAAAACCAGGCCCAGCACUGGUGGAACUGCUCUUAUAAAGGCAAAAAGAAGCAGAGCCCCAGAUCCAGGCAGAAAUCAAGGCUUUGCUGUAGAUAGGAGAGGAACAUUAUAUAUUUUAGAUGAGAAUUCACAGAGAAAUAGUGCAAAAUGGGGAAAGAAAUCCAAAUCUGAGCAUUCCACAGCAGCCAUGGCACUGCAGCCCUAAGGAAGCAGCCACUGGUGCAGGCAGAGCCUCAGGUGCAGGGCUGCAAUGCUGGCUUUGAGAGCAUCAUUACUGCAACCCAGGUUGGCCCAGAGCCCUCUUACACAUUUGGCUUCAGUUUCAGACUUCCUUUAGGGAGAACAGAAAAAAAAACAAGGAAGGCACAAGGCUGUUCUGCACCUCGGAUAAAGAUGGAGAGUUGGACUACAAGUUAAAAAAAAAGAAAUAGAGUGAGGUGAUAAGCAGGGCUCAAGUGUCCUGAAGUGUUUUUAAGAAAAAACACUUUGAUACUUAUACACAUGUUUGUGUAGCACUGGAGACAAAAUUUACUUGAUUAAACAUGGCACCUGGAUGCUAAAGGAACCAAGAGAAUUUAGGAAAAAUCUUGGAAAGUUACCUUGGUAAGGUGCAGAUCUGUGUGCAGUCAGUGCAAAUUGGAAUGGGCUGCAUGAAAUACAGCAAAGUGGGCACUGAUCCACCAUCAGGAACAGGUUCUGCAAAGCAACAGCCAAGUGGAAGACUAAAGGACAUCUGCCCAUAUGUACCGUGCAUAGAUGUAGAGUGUACAUAUAUGGCUCUGGUCCUGAAAUACAGUCAGAGUCCAUGAAUUUCAGGACUUCUAUCACAUGCAAAGAGAGGGCAAUUGUCCCAGCAUGACCAUAAGGACCAACUUUUCCACAAGAUGUAAAAAUCAACUGGUGAAAUAACUGCACUGCAUUACGUCAGCUUGUUCUCCCACUCAGCUCUGUCCUGCUGCCAGCACCAGCAGAUGGAUAAAUAGGGAACAUCACAUAGAAACAGGGCAUUAUUAGAUCCUGGUCAGAACGGAAAUACGCAGAUAAGAAUCACCUCUUCAAAUACAAGAGUUAAUUAUAUAGUUGUGAAAGGAUUUCUCAGAUGACAUCUGAAGUUUUGCUUUGCAUCUGAGGGAGUUUAAACAACAAGGUCUGAAUGUCAGCCCUGCAGAGAGGAGCUGUAAGAGCAGCACAUCAGUAAAGAAAGCUGACAGACUGAGAGGAAGGAUCUGUCAGAAGAUGUAAGCUGUUUAUUUCAGUUCAGGCAGAGAACAUCACGCUUUCAUGGCUAAGUAUGUUAUUUUCUAGAACGGGAAUUAUGCACAAAGGAUUCUACUUUAUUCACUGCUUCUAUAUAUUCAAAGGAUGAAAGAAUAAAUACUGUAUUGUUUCUGA